AUGUUCAACAACGCGUCUCACAUGAAUUUUGGAACUGCGAACUUGAGCAUCGUCCACGGAAAUCAGAAAAUUGUUCAUUGUCUGCAGCACGAACGUCAAGUUGCCGGUCCCGGGGAGGAGGAAUGGAAAGUGAAGCUGUAUCAGGAGUAUGACAGAUUUCCUGCAGGGAGAAUCAAAAUCCUCAAAACUUUCACUGAAAAUGGAGUCUAUCGAGAAGAAUAUGAAGAGGACCCCUCAAAUCUCAACGGGAAAGAAAGAUGGGACAAGUCGAGAGCAAAAUGGACUGCACAUCUGACCUGUCUUGUCCAAGGGGUGAAAGAGUCUUUGCCGUUCUUAAGUAUCACAUACACUGGACCCGAUGCGCAGAAGGUGUUCAAGCGGGAUUGCCUCAGAUAUUCACGAAACCGAUAUGGAAAUGUCGUACAGCUAAGAGGGUUCAAUGACUCGGAUAUUCCGAUGGUCCUAUUUCACGAAGAGCUUAUUCCAGUACAACAUAUUCAACGGCACCAUAAAUACUCAACUCUGCAAUGCUAUCUCACUCUCCAAGCCUGCAUCGCAAGGCAAAAUGUGCCUAAAUGGGAUCCGACGGAGCGGAUUUCAUAUUUUUGCAAAAAUGUGUGGAUUCAACCAAGAAAUGGAAGAAUAUCUUUCGGCCCAGCCGGACCUGAGCCUGAUUUCUUUCACGUCGAGACUUUCCCCGUGUGGCAGCUCGAAAGUUGCUCAAACAUUCCGGUUCUUCACCCUGCGACGUACAGCGCCGAUUGUAUUACCGAGUACCUGAUCAAGUAUUGCCCGGAUCAGAUCUUCUUGGACGUUCUCGCCUUUUCAGGCACACCGAACAGCACAGUGUAUCCAAAAAUAGAAGACUGUCCGCGUCAUAGAUGCCAAGUUUGGGAUCGCUUUUCUGGCCGACCGCUUGCAAAAUUCCGGUCCGGAUGGACGUACAGAGUAGGGUAUUCCUGGUUUGCUAAAGAAGACCUCCACCCAAUCGCCAUGGAAGAUGGAAGGACACGGUUUUCUAUAAAUUCGGCGGCAGCUCGGUUGCAGAUACAAGAAGAAUUUCUUUUAGCGUUCAGAUAUGAAAUAGAUAUUCCAUGGCAUCAGCGACGUCACGGAUGGCUAUCUCAAGCGUGCAGCAUUUUCAACACGCUGAAUAUACCAAAGGAUAAAUGGUCAGACUACGAUUUCAUUGACUAUAUUGAGUUGCUCAAUCUCGGUACCUUGGAUCAUGACGUUGAAGACGACUUUGACACAAUUGCCCCCAAUAUUGAUGAAUCUGACUAUUACCUGUUUGUACACCCGCCACCAUCCCUUCCUGGCGGAUUUCCCGACAUACGUGCAUGGAUGUCAGGGAAGAAUUUUUACUAUUAUUCCUCGGAUCCUAACGGGAAAUCUGCCAUGACAGAAUCCCAAUGUUUGUCAUGUCGGCUCCCUCCCAUUGUUCCAGAUGUUAUGAUUGACGGAUAUUGCUGGAACUCUGAUGUGUACAAUUUAAUCUUGGCAUGGCAAGAGAAGAAAGGUUUCGAUCCCACCACGAUGGAGUUCGCUCGUUCGUUGGGCUAUCCUAUCAUGGAAGUCAUAUAUUCCGACGUGGAUGAUCGGCAUUUUGAGGAUCUCUCCGAAGACACAGAUUCACUACCGUCUCAUACGGACAGGGUCAGUACUGGAGGCGAGGCCAUGGACAUAGACAUGCCGACAGCUUUUCCACAGCUGCCAGGUAUCGGUUCACCGUUAGAUCGGUUCCAACCUACAGGCGACGACGAGAUGGUGGAUGACUCGUUCAUGGACACAGCCAUGGAAGUGGACUAA